ACCAAUAAUUUUGUAGGAAACAUGGAAAUAAACUCAGCACAUCCAAACUAGUACUAUUAUUAAUCACUUCAACCACACAAAAUUCUACUACAUUAGAAUUCUUCAUGGGUUUUCUAAGUCAUCAAACUCAUACCAAUUCCUUCUUGUUCAUCACUACUUUAUUCAUAUUUUGCAGCAUCCAUUUGUGUUUGAGCUCUGUCAAUGACAUAAUCACAUCAACCAUGUUCAUCAAUGAAAAUCACACAAUAACCUCAAACAACACUAACUUCAAGCUCGGAUUCUUCAGCCCUCCAAACUCAACAAAUCGCUACGCCGCAAUAUGGUACCUCUCUGACUCCAACAUCAUAUGGAUAGCAAACAGAGAUCAACCCGUGAAAAAUUCUUCAGGGGUUAUCAAGAUUCACAAGGAUGGUAACAUCGUAGUAAUGGACGGAAGAAAACAUAUAGUUUGGUCAACAAACCUCACAUUCUCAACUAAAAAUGUCACCAAUAUCUCAAGUGCUCAACUUCAAGAUAACGGUAAUCUUGUUCUGACAGAUGACAACACUGGAGAAACGGUUUGGGACAGUUUCAACCACCCUGCGGACGCAGCCGUGCCGACUAUGAAAAUCGCAGCCAACAAGUUCACAGGCAAGAAAAUUGAGUAUGUUUCUUGGAAAUCCCCCACGGAUCCUUCUUCUGGGGACUUCACCGGGAGCCUGGAGCGGUUGGCCGCUCCGGAAGUUUUCUUCUGGUACAAGAAAACUCAACCGUAUUGGCGAACCGGUCCAUGGAACGGCCGGGUUUUCCUUGGCGCUCCGAGGAUGCUAACAGAGUAUCUCUAUGGCUGGCGUCUGGACCAUGAUCCAGACGGAACAGAUUACCUAACUUACAGUUUUGCUAAUCCGGCCGAAUUCGGUAUUCUCUCGUUGACUUUUGAUGGAAAGCUUAGGCUGGCAAGAUUCUUGAACAAGAAGAAUUAUGUGACGUUUGAAGUUUUUCAAAAUGAGUGUGAUUUUUAUGGCACGUGUGGGCCAUUCGGAAACUGUGAUCCAUCUAGCAAACCGAUUUGUAGCUGUUUUGAAGGGUUUGAGCCAAGGAAUUUGGAAGAAUGGAGUAAGAAAAAUUGGACUAGUGGUUGUGUGAGGAAGAAAGAGGCACAGCUUCAGUGUGUUAGGUUGAAGAAUUUGAACAAUAAUAGUAAUAAUGGAGUUGAAGUGCAACAAGAUGGGUUUAAGGUGUUUAAUAAUAUGAAAGUGCCGGAUUUUGCUGAGAGAUCUGAUGCUAAUUUGGACAAGUGCAAAACGAAUUGUUUGGCCAAUUGUUCUUGUUUGGCUUAUGCUUAUGAUUCUUAUGUUGGAUGCAUGUUUUGGAUUAGAGACUUGAUUGAUUUGCAGAAGUUCCCUUAUGGUGGAGUUGAUCUCUUCUUGCGUGUCCCUUAUUCUCAACUAAUUGCUACAAGUAAGGGAAGAAGACGAAACAAGCCAUUAAUGAUCCCAAUUGUUGCUGGGGUGAUAGGCAUAACUGCAUUAGCGAUUUGUGCAUACAUUAUGUGGCAAAAAUGGACUGCUAAACAAACUCGAACUCCGAUUCUAAAAAAGAGUAAUGCCGGGGAACAAAAACAAAUGAAACUCGACGAACUACCUUUAUUCGAAUUUGAAAAGCUUGCAACUGCUACAAACAACUUUCAUGCUGAAAACAUGCUUGGGAAAGGAGGUUUUGGUCCAGUAUAUAAGGGACAUUUGGAAGACGGACAAGAAAUCGCGGUGAAAAGAUUAUCCAAAGCGUCUGGACAAGGGUUGGAAGAAUUUAUGAACGAAGUAGUGGUUAUAUCAAAACUUCAACAUCGCAAUCUUGUUAGACUUCUUGGUUGUUGUGUCGAACGCGACGAACAAAUGUUGGUCUACGAGUUCAUGCCAAACAAAAGUUUGGAUGCUUUUCUUUUUGAUCCGCGGCAAAGAAAAGUCUUAGAUUGGAAGAAACGUUUCAACAUAAUUGAAGGAAUAGCUCGUGGUAUACUUUAUCUUCACAGAGAUUCAAGACUUAGAAUCAUACAUAGGGAUCUUAAAGCAAGCAACAUAUUGUUGGAUGAUGCGAUGAAUCCAAAAAUAUCAGACUUUGGUUUAGCUAGAAUUUUUAGAGGAGGUGAAGAUGACGAAGCUAAUACAAAAAGAGUCGUUGGAACCUACGGCUACAUGCCACCCGAAUAUGCAAUGGAAGGACUUUUUUCAGAGAAAUCAGAUGUCUACAGCUUUGGAGUUUUGUUACUAGAGAUUGUUAGCGGACGAAGAAACACCAGCUUUUAUAACCAUCAGCAAUCACUAAGCCUUGUUGGAUAUGCAUGGAAACUAUGGAAUGAAAAUAACAUCAUAUCAUUAACAGAUCCAGAGAUUAUGGAUCCAUGCUUUGAGAAAAGUAUUUUGAGGUGCAUACACAUAGGACUUUUAUGUGUGCAAGAAUUGACAAAAGAAAGACCAACUAUAUCCACUGUGGUUUUGAUGCUAAUAAGUGAGAUUACCCAUCUUCCUCCACCAGGACAAGUUGCAUUUGUCCACAAACAAAAGCUGCACAGUUCAGAAUCCUCUCAGAAAAGUCACCAAUCCAGCUCAAACAACAAUGUAACUCUUACUGAAUUAGAAGGAAGAUAAUAUAAUAUGUGCAAAUUGAAUUCAUGAGAUUUCAAGCUGAGUAUUGAUCUUUUGUUUUC